GUUGAAGUGGAACCCCCUCGCACAGGCGCACACAACCCUACUUCCAUCGUUCACACCACGAACCCCGCGUUCCACGCUCGAUCGACCCAACCCCACCACCAGCCCCGAAGACGGUGAGAGAGAGAGAGAGAGAGAGAGAGAGAGAGAGAGAGAGAUCUAUUUAACCCUUGGUUGGAUUCGCAGAACACGCCCACCUCAGCGGAAUCGCCAUUAAUAGGGCUCGAAGGUGAUGGCCUCCGAUUGACCACAUUGUCUCGAGCACAGCCACAAGUCGGGCAAAAAGCGACACCUCCUCCAUUGACAAGACUACCUCGCCAAUCGCUGGCUACAGCCUCCCUUGUUUGUCUCUCCCACCACCUUCAUCUCCGCCUCACAAGCCUUGUACGUAAUUCUUGUCAUCGAUGAUCUUUUCCUCUUUCUCUGUACCUAUUAUAAGACGGUAGGCACGCAACACGCUUGGAGCAAGUGUUAAGCGAGAACGAUGCCUCCAUCGCUGGCCCGGUGGCUCAGCCUCGUGGCCUUGAUCUGGCUCCAGACCAUCGCCGGGACGAACACCAACUUCCCGGCCUACUCGUCGCAGCUCAAGCAGAUGCUCAACAUCUCCCAGGUCCAGCUCAACAACCUCGCCUUCGCCUCCGACGCCGGCAAGCUCUUGGGGUGGUUCUCGGGCCUCGCCGCGGCACACCUCCCGCUCUGGCUCGUCCUCCUCGUCGGCGCGUUGCUCGGGCUCGUUGGGAACGGCGUCCAGUACCUCUUCGUGGCCGGCAAGGUCGCCUCUGUCUCGUACCCCGGGAUGUUCCUCCUCGCCGUCCUCGCCGGGAACAGCAUCUGCUGGAUCAACACGGUGUGCUACGUGGUCGCCAUCCGCAACUUCCCGCUCCACCGCCAGGUGGCUAUCGGGCUCACCACCAGCUACCAAGGGCUGAGCGCCAGCUUCUACACGGAUGUAGUUGACGCCGCGACGCGGCACGCCGGGACUGGAGCUAGAGCUGAAGCAUAUCUGCUUCUCAAUUCAGUCCUGCCAAUGGCCGUGUCGCUAGCCACCGCGCCUUUUGUUAGAGUCGUCAAUGCGGACGGCCCGGGGGCAGGCAAAAAUGCGCACGGCGGGUUCAUAAUCCUAUUCAUCAUAACGAUCGCAACUGGAAUCUUCGCGGUGGUGAGUAGUAUGGGGUCGGUGUCGGGAGCUAUACCGGCAGUGUACAAUGCAAUGGGCAUGGGCAUCUUCCUCCUGAUCCCCAUCAUUAUACCGCUCGCGGAAGGCGUCAAGCACGUCCUCGCCCACAACGAGAAGAGGGUACACGACAUCGUCGUGACCGAGCAAGAGAACGGCAAGCACGGCGGAGACGAGGGCGGGCUCCAGUGGGAGGCCCAUCCCCAGGUUGGCAACCAAGAAGAGGCGGUUGCUGUGGUUCCCACAGGCGAGGAAGUGGCAAUUAAUAGCGCGAGAGAGGAGGUUGGAGCCAGAGCGAUGGUGACGCGGGUCGAGUUCUGGCUCUACUUCUUUGUGUACCUGUUUGGGGCGACGCUCGGGAUCGUGUUCCUCAACAACCUGGGGCAGAUCGCCGAGUCCCGGGGGACCUCAAAGACGCCGUCGCUGGUCUCGCUCUCGUCGUCGUUCGGGUUCUUCGGCCGGUUGAUCCCGUCUCUCUUCGACUACCUCUUCGAAAGGAGGAGGUACGUGGUGUCGAGGCCGGCAGCAAUGGCGGCAUUGAUGGCGCCCAUGGUCGGCGCCUACUUCCUGCUCCUCAACCACGCCCCGGCGGCGCUCUACGUGAGCACUGCCAUCAUCGGCGUCUGCACUGGGGCCAUCACGUCCAUCUCUGUGUCCACCACCACCGAGCUCUUCGGGACCAAGAACUUUGGCGUGAACCACAACGUCGUGGUCACCAACAUCCCAAUCGGGUCCUUCGUCUUUGGGUACGGCGCGGCGCUGCUCUACCGCCGCCGGCGAGGCGGCGACGCGAAGUGCAUGGGAAUGGACUGUUACAGCACGACGUUCGUGGUCUGGGGGUCUCUUUGCUUACUCGGGACUGCCCUAGCUUUAGUCUUGCACGCACGUACGCGAAAGUUCUAUUCGAGAAAUAUAGAGAGGUAGUAGCUAACUCAGCAAAUUCACUCUUCCAUAAGAGUUAGGACACACUCCUUUUCUUUCAUUUAGCGAAGUAUUUUUGUUCAAGGAAGAAAAUAUUCCUGUACAUGAAUAUAGGCUUAUUGAGCGAGGAAUCAGCAUUUCAUAUUUCACCAAGUCCCAUGUACAAGUUCAUC